AUGGCAAAAAAUACCAUUGUUACGGAAUUCACACAGCACACAAUAGAGUCUGAUUUGUUGGCCAAUCCAAGUUACAGCUCUGCUGCAUCACAACCAGGUAGUCAAAAUGAAGACCAAAAGCACCGAGAAAAGAAACUGUCAAAAGAUAAGUCUGUUCAUGACACAGAUGCUCAUAAACAUGAACACAAAGACAGAGGGAAGAGCAGGGAAAGAACAAGAGAGAGAGAGAGAUUUAAAUCUGGUGAAAGAGAGAGGGAUAAAAUGAGAGAGAGAGAGAGGGGGAAAGAGCACUCAGGAGAAGGAGACCAAGAAAGAUACAAAUAUAAGCUUCAAGAGUCAAAUUUAAAGAAGGAAAAAUACAGUGUACCAAAAGAUAAAGACAGGGAGAGUGAUAGAGAAGGAGACAAAAAGCAUAAGAGACAUGAGAUAAAGCAAAUAGAUACACAAAACAAUCUGAAAUCAUAUGAAGGAAGAGAUAAAGAACAUCACAGAAGAAGAGAAAGCAGGCAUCAUUUGGAGGAGGAGAAAACAAGAAGUGAAGAGCGAGAAAGAAGAGAUAGAGAAAAGAAGGAUUAUGAUACUAAAAGAAACAUUGACAAAAUUUUAGCCUACAAAGUUCAAGAAGGUGGACGGGUACACAGGUUACAAAAAGAUCAGGAGUCAGAUAAAGAGGGAGAAAGAAGACAUAGAGAAAAAAAAGAGCAUUCUGUGAGGCCAGAAAAAGACAGGCUUUCGAAAGAGAGAAGUCAUAAACGUUAUGAAGAAGAAGAAAGGCAUCAAUCAAAGAGAUCUAAAGAGAGAUCUUCCCAUGGACACAGAGAAGGACAACCAGAAGAAGCUACUGAGAGACUGAAAAGUAGAGAAAGUGAAAGAAAGAAGAGUGAUCGAAGGAACAGCGAAGAAAAAAGAGAGGAGAGGAUUCAAGAACAAAUGAACCAUCAAGUUGUAAGAACUGUAAAAGACAGAGGAAAACUCAUUGAAAAAGAGGAGAAGAAUGCAAGGCAAGAGGAAAUAAAAGAUACACACAUCUCUAAUUCAGACAAGGGAUUUGAUAACUUUUCAGAAAAUUAUGAAGAUGACUUUGAAGAUUAUGAAGAUGAUUUUGAUGAUGAUGAUGAAGACAAAAGUGGUGAAGAAAGAGACACAGAAGAAAACCUUAGAGAGACUAAAUUUUCCAGAACAUCUGAAAUUGAAGAAAUUCAAAGAGCAAUUAGUGCAGAAAAUGAUAGAAUUUUCACUUCACUGCCAAAUGAAACAGAAAAUGAAAAAAAGGAACCAAUUAUGGAAAGGAAAUACCCUGCUGUCAGAAACUCUUAUUGUGGAAUAUUCAUGGAUUUUAAAAUGGCAAACCAACGACAAAGUAGCCGAAAUAUUGCUAGUAAGCUGAAAAAACGGAGUUCAGAACUUCUCCCUCUCAUUGAUCUGGACUUCUCAGUUAGUUUUUCUUUAUUGGAUUUGCCUCCUGUAAAUGAGUACGACAUGUAUAUCAGGAACUUUGGUAAAAUGAACACUAAGCAGGCAUAUGUUCAAUGUAAUGAGGACAACCUCGAGAGAGACAUUCAGACUGAGGAAGUUGAGAUGUUGGAGAAGUGGACGCAGCAUCCAGGAGAAAGUGCCCUUGUAUCUGGAGGUGAAGAACAUUUUUAUCUCACUCACUUAUCACUAACACCUCAGAUUGAUUCACAGAGGUUAACAGAUUUCCUCCGGUCUGCUUGCCAGGUGAUUGCUGUUUUGCUAGAGGAAGAUCAAGUUGCAACACAACCCAGGUGGAAAUUAGGAUCUGGACAAACCAGUCUGUCUAUUAGUGAUAGCUGUUUCCAGUUAAAUACUAACCAGCCAUUCCUCCAUGACAGAAAAAUAUCCUGCCUUUGUGUAUCUCAAGUUCAGAGGCAGACACUACUUUCUGUUCAUGGAUUACCUAAAAAGGCAACUGUUGGUUUACUGAACAGAAAGAGCAUCAUAUGUGUUUGGAACAUCUGGCAGCCCUCCAGUCCUCAAAAGGUUUUAAUAUGUGACUCAGAGGUGGUAUGUUGCUGCUUCAGUCCCAGUAAAGCAACCUUGGUUUUUGCUGGAACAAUAGAUGGUUCAUUGUUGAUGUGGGAUCUUCGAGAAGAGGUGAGAAUGCACCCUCAUAUGAUGAUCAGUGAAACUGACUGGACAUUCAGAGUGCCAACGUUUUCCACUGAUGGCAUUCUCAACUCAGUAAGCCACACCUCUCCUAUACUAGCAGUGGAACCUGUCUCAGCCUCUCUCUACGCUGAUCCAAAUUAUGGACUUUCAAGCCUCUCCUACCAGGAGGAAAUAUCAAGUCAUCCAUUUCAGAUAGCUUCAAUGGAUGAAAAUGGAAUCCUCAAUAUGUGGGUGGUUGUUGAAUUACAAAAAGUGGAUUUGGCUGGUUCACAAACUGAUUUAGGUUUAAUUCCUGGAGGGAAAGUGAAGUUAGUCCAUAGCUCUACUAUGGACUUAAAUAACAGCCUUUUCCCAAAGGAUGUGCGCCAGAGAAUGCCCCAGACACUGACUAUUAAAUUUCUGUCUUCUAAUCCUAAUAAUUUCAUUGUUGGAACAAACAUUGGGCUGGUAGGCCACGGUACAAGGCAUGAUUUGAAAGUUUUUCCAAAGCUAUUCAGACCCCGGGAGAGUGCACUCAGAUCAAUAAGCAUCAAUGCAAUUGAUUUCUUCCCUUUUGGAAAGCCACUAUUUUUGGUUGGCUGUUCAGAUGGAAGCAUUAGAUUACACCAAAUGACAUCAGAGUAUCCCCUCAUGCAGUGGAAUGACAGCACAAAUGGGCAGCCAGUUAUUGCCCUACAGUGGGCUUUAACUAGACCCUCUGUGUUUUUUGUCCUGGAUGCAUUGUCUAAUAUUUACAUUUGGGAUCUUCUGGAAAAUGAUUUGUUGCCUGUGGCAAAGCAGGCUAUUCCAACAGAGACUGUUGUAACUAUGGCUCUAUUGGGAGAACCAGAAAAACUAAAUGGAUUAUUAGGCAUCGCACUGGCCAAAGGAUCUGGACAGAUAGACAUUCAGUAUGUUAAGAAGAAGUGGGCAUUACAUCAGCCUGAGGAAUGUAAAAAACUACAUUCCAUUUUAUUGCAGUCUUUUUAG